AUGAGUCGAAUGGAAGUAUAUUCUCCGGAGGGUCUUCGGAUGGACGGCCGAAGGUGGAAUGAGCUUCGACAAUUCAGUUGUCAAACAAACACACAUCCAAAUGCUUCAGAUGGUUCAUCAUACGUGCGACAAGGAAACAUGGUGGUUCUUUGCCUCGUGAAGGGACCGAUGGACACAAAUAGAGCUACUUCAACAACAAGGGCAUCUGCAGAUGGACCUGUUUUAAAUAUAAACGUUAGUUAUCCACCAUUUGCUGGCAUAGAACGAAAAAAAAGAUCAAAGAAUGAGAGAAGGCUUUCUGAAUUAAGUAUAGUGCUAGAAAGAUGCUUUCUCAAAACUAUAGUUUUAAAGAAUUACGCACGGACGGUGAUAGAGGUAAACUUGACUAUACUCAGUUUUGAUGGUGGCCUUUUGGCAGCUUGUUGUAACUCCAUUACUUUGGCACUUAUAGAUGCCGGAAUAUCACUCUAUGAUUAUGUGAGUGCCGUUAGCGUGGGAAUAUAUUCUGAAACAGCUCUGCUUGAUUUAAAUUCUUUGGAAGAGAGUGAUUUAAGUUUUGUGACAGUAGGAGUUGUCGGGGAUAGCGAUAAACUUAAUCUAAUAAUGUGUGAAGAUCGACUUCCCCUCGAUAAACUGGAGAGAUUAAUUAAUUUGGGAAUUCAGGGCUGCCACCAACUUAGAAAAUUAAUGAAUGAUACGGUGAAGGAAGUGGGCGUUGAACUUCUCAGUAAAAGGCAAUAA